GCAAUGGUGGGCCAGUACGCAACGGCCGUUCCAGUAGGCAAGGUACUGGACCGCUACGGCCCACGGUGCUCUUCUCUUCUUGCAUCAAUAAUGCUCUCUGUGGGCUACGGCCUCUUCGCUCUGGAAUACUCACGGACGCCUGAGCGUAUCGAGGGCGCCUCCCCUUCCGCCUUUGCUCACCUCGUGCUAUCCUUUGGAUUCCUCGGUGUCGGCACUCUCUUCUCCUACUUUGCGCUCCUUUUCGCCGCGACGAAGACGUUCCCGCAGUACAUGGGAUUCGCCACUGGCACAAGCCUCGCGAUCUUCGGCACGUCACCCCUCUUCCUCAGCAUGAUUGUGUCGCGGCUGUUCUCGACCACUAGCUCUGGUGUAGACGUGGCGCGCUUCUUCGUCUUCAUGGCUAUCCUAACAGGCUCAGAGUACGCAGAGGAUCGUCUCGUAGAUCAGGACGAACGAACUUCCCUAUUGGCACCGUCUGUGAAGUCUGUCGCCAACGUCGUGGUCGUGCCCGCACCAGAGCCGGACGACCUCGCAGCCAUCGACCUGUUAAAAGAGCCCUCCUUUUGGGUGCUCGCAUUAAUUGUCUCGCUUGUCGUCGGAGCCGCCGAGAUGAUCAAAUCAAACAUCGGUUUGGUCGUAUUGUCACUUUCCACUGCAUCUGGCGCCCAGGACAUUUCCCGUCAGGUGCAGGUCAUUGCGGUGUCCGACACGCUCACGCGCCUCCUCGUGGGCCCAUUCGCAGACGUCGUCUCGCCCGUUGCGAGCUACUCCAGUGGCGGUGUGUGGGCGUUCCCGCGCAAGCCGUAUAUCACACGCAUACAUUUCUUGGCAACCGCGUCUUUGCUGUUUACGACUACGUUCUUGUGGCAGAUCUUGGCUGCACGCUCGCAAGGGGCACUUUGGCCGCUGAGCAUAAGCACUGGUAUCGCAAACGGCACCAUCUUCACCAUGUUGUACGUCAAAAUAUGCACUGCAGUGCAUGAUGUAUAUUGA